AUGAUCUAUUUCGCCAUCUUUCCGACCGUGAUGACUAUGCGAAGCAGCAAUCCAGUCAAGCAUGCUGAGGAAGGAGCUGGACAUCCAACGCGCCACUGGUGGAAGUACAUCAGAGCACCGUCCCGAUCCGACAGGCAAUUCCUCAAACAGUUGUUCACAGAAGUGAAAGCGCACGACAACUGGUUCAUGUUCUUCUCGACGCUGACAGUCAUGGUCAUUGAGAUGUUCGAGACCAAGAUUCCGGAUGGAUUCGUUUCGGUCCUCGUCGAAAGUAUCUCUGCCUACAGCAACGUCGGAGUCAGCAUGGGUGUGCCCUCGGACGGAUACAGCUUCUCCGGCUCGAUGAACUGGCCCAGCAGGAUCUCUCUGUGUGUUGUGAUGCUCCAGGGCAAGUUCCGCUCUCUACCAGUUGCGACUGACAUGGCCACUGUGAAUCACAGCGAAGAAGCUGCGACAGUGGAAGAGCAUGAUGUCGAGACCGGAAUCGAGGCGGCACAARACGAUCCGGAUCAAGAAACCUAUGAGGAAAGCACAAGAGCAUCGUGGCCAGAGCGAGUCGAUUCGAUGGCCAAACAGCCUGGCAGCGUAGACAUACAGGACAUAGCCCAAGAAGGAAUGAUAAGCUAG